AUGGAUACAUCGACGGUUCUUGAAAAAUAUACCCAGGAUCUCUCCAAUCUACCGCUCGAAGUGAGGCACCUCUUGAACGAGAUCAAGAACAAAGAUGCUCAGCUCACAACCAUGCGAAGGCUGUAUCAGUCCAAGGACAACCAACUACACAAAUUCAUCAGAGCCAACGGCACACUAACCAAACACCCGAAAGAGCAACAACUAUACGCAAAGAUAGAAGAAGAAAUGAAUAUAACGAUCAAGCUACAAAAGGAAAAAAUCCUACUAUCAAACACGGCGCUUUUCCUUAUUUCCAAACACCUUUUCAAUUUUGAAACCGAUAUAGCAAAGCUAGAGCGUGAUGAGUUGUUGCCACCGUUGGAGACUUCUUUGAAAGCAGCGAGCCGAGAUGACAGUGCGGCUCUAAAUGGUCUUUCAGAUAGUGUUUCAGGCACGCCAACGCCACGGUACCCCUUGUCGAUGACACCUGUCGCUGAACCAGCCCCGGUCAAACGAGGCCAGAGGAGGAAAGCUCCGGUGACAGGCAGCUCGUCGACUCCCGUAUUAGCCAACAAGGUGAAUAAGCGGAUCAAAUCUGAAGAAGCAGAAGAAUCGUUGCCUUUCACUACGGGGUCAUUGGCCAUAGACGGCAAUAUGGAAAUACCCAACGGCGAAGGUCCCUUGGGCGAAGAUGCCGAUAACAAUCUAUACUGUUUUUGCCAAAGAGUAUCAUUUGGGGAGAUGAUUGCUUGUGAUAAUGCCGACUGCAAAUAUGAGUGGUUCCAUUGGAGUUGUGUUGGUAUUUCUUCCGAGCCCAAGGCGACCGAAACUUGGUACUGUCCCGAUUGCAGGAUUAAAAAGAAAAAGACGAGAAAGUAG